UAUGGCUUAACUCAACAUAUUGCUAUGCUUACAUUUGCCACCUAUCAACCUCCUAGUCUAGAAGGUAUCUUACUCCUUACGGAUGGGAAAUCUUAUCUUGAACCAGCCGUGCCCUUGACAGGACAACUGGUACACCAGUGGUCAGUCCACUCUGGUCCUUGCGUACUAAGAGCAGAUCUUCGCAAAUUUCCUACGCCCACAACAGAUAGGGACCAAACUGUCUCACGCAUGUAA